AUGGUUUCCUCAAGCUUCAUCAUCCUCGGCCUUCGAGCCGCGCAGGUAGUCUUCGCCGUCGUCGUUAUGGGACUUACAGCCUAUGUCGCCCACUGGUACAACGUGGACACCUUAACCUCAUCUCCUUCCCAGAUCAACUGGCUGCUAGCCGUAUCGAUCUUCACGAUCAUAUCAGUCCUAUACCUCGAACUAACACCACGAUUCGUCCCCAAGUUGUCCCACCAACUCGUAGCCAUGGGCCUCGAGGCCAGCAACGCGCUCUUCUACUUCGCGGGCUUCAUCGCGCUCUCCGUCUUCAUGUCGCGCCUGCUCUUCUGCCGGGGCUCCGUGUGCGGCGCCGCGCAGGCCAGCAUCGCCUUCGGCGCCAUGGAGUUCCUGCUCUGGACCGCCUCCGCCAUCCUCGUGGGAAAGGAGGUGUCGAAGUCGGGUUUAGGGCUUUCGCUCCCGCUCCCGAAGCUGCGCCGCAAUGGCGCCGGCAGCAGCAAGGGCCCUUUAAGCGUGCCCCCGAUGAAGGAGGCCCCCCAGGCCGCCUAA